AUGGGAAAAUUGAACGCGGCACUUCAUAAAAAUGUGAAGAAUCUUUUGGAUGUGAACGAGGCUUGGACCGAAUAUGCAAUAUCUUGUGAAAUCAAGGCCGCCUCUAUCAGUAACAAAUUGGAAGUGGCGCCCCUGGCUGAGGUAAGCAUGCUAAAGAAGUUUUUGCCACGAACUGGUGGUUUGGCAACCCCCCCAGGAGCAAUGUGUUGCUUCUUACACAAGGGAAAGCUGAGACAGUUCGGGAACAAUCAAGCUGCAGGAGGGCUUAACAACAAUCAUGUGCAGAUGGGUAGUGCAAAUCCUUUUGCUACUACAGUGAACAACCCGUGGCUCGGGAUCAAUCAUAUGUUACUUGGUUCAAAAAACAUGGUGAUUCAGCCGCAAGUGAAUGAAACAGUUCCUGCUCAUAGUGCACCUGCUAACAUGCAACUCCCUGAUGGCGAAAGAAAGCGUCCCAGAGAAUCAUCAAUAACAAACGAAGCUAUCAAUCUGCACAAUCUUUAUUUUCCGGUCCCUAAUUUUGCCCCUCCACAAAUUAGGGACGAAAUGAUCUCCCUUAGGGAGAGUGAUCGUCUUCUUUGCCAACAAAGCAAGAGGAUUAGAGUACAAUUUGCCCAAAAACAGAACCAGGCACUUCAACACCUGGUUAAUAGUGUGAGAGGCCCUUUGCUGAAUCUCUUGAAACAAAAAGAUGUGGAACUUUCAAACUUCAAGAGAUUGAACUGUGCACUCCAUGAAGGUAUAAACGAUCUUUAUAAUGAGAACCAAAAAUUGUCAGAUUGUGCAGGUGCAUGGAAAAUUAAGGCCGUAUCUCUGCACACCAACCUAGAAGUUGCCAUGGGAGAGCUUAGGAGGCUGCAGGGGCUUGUGCCGGCAAUUGGUGCUGUGGAGGCCCCCCACGAGGAGCAGGAAGCGAAGUCCUACAGUGGUAGCAACGUCUCUGCAGAGAACACACCAGGGAACUCUCAGGCAGUGGCAAAGGCAGAAGAUGGUGAAACCGCCGCUGAGAAGGUGCAGAUAGGAGCUGCUGAGACCGGCGAAGGGAGUGGCGAAAAGAUGAUGUGCCUGAUCUGUGGUGAACUGGAAACCAGUGUUUUGGCGUUGCCAUGCCGUCAUUUGUGCUUUUGUUUAGUUUGUGGAACUCGUGAAUCCCUUCUUUACGGUCCCUGUCCUGUGUGUGAGACAACGAUGAUAGCAACAACCCCUAUAAGCUUCAUAUGA